UUUUCAAUCAGGUUCUACAACAAGGCCAAAAGACGGUUGGCCGGGUGAAGUGAGAGUGCCUGCCAGGUCCGGACAAAGUAGUCAGGCUGGACAAACCGCCGGAAUGCACUAGCACAAUGAAGACUAAUGUGCCCUCGCCGCACCCGAGCCCCCCACUUCCGAACAGCUGAAAGAUUGUCCAGAAUGACUGCCACUGAGCGUCUAUCUCCGCAAGUCAAAAACCGGAGGUCUAUUUCCCCAAGGUAUGUAAUCAGGGUGAGCCAAGAGGAAGUUGCGCUCCCCAUGGACAACAAAGCUCCUCCACAGAGCACUCGCCAAAGUCCAGCCAGUCAUGAAACUCGGCGGGGAUGUCGUUGACCUCGAGGUUAACUCUCCUCAGGUGACGUCUAAAUUUGCAGUGUUGUUCAUCACAGUGCAGUACAACGUCACCAUCUCAACGAACGGUCCCGAGGAGACACCUGUCAACCACUUCCACAACGGCAUCAAAGACCUGGCCACCAUUUUUUUCUACAUGCUGGUGGCAAUCAUCAUGCAUGCCAUCAUCCAGGAGUACGUCCUUGAUAAACUCAAUCGGAAAAAACACUUCUCCAAAACCAAACACAGCAAGUUCAACGAGUCAGGCCAGCUUAGCGCUUUCUACUUAUUUUCCUUUGGCUGGGGUGCUAGCAUCCUUCUCUCUGAGAACUUCCUGUCCAAUCCGAGUUUGCUCUGGGAAGGCUACCCUCACAUGUUAAUGCCGCUGCAGAUGAAAUUCUACUACAUCUGCCAGAUUGGCUACUGGCUUCACGCGCUUCCUGAACUCUACUUCCAGAAGACUAAAAAGGAGGACAUUCCUCGUCAGCUGGUUUACAUCUCCCUGUACUUGGUCCACAUUGCCAGCGCCUACAUUCUCAAUUUGAACCGUCUGGGCUUGGUCCUGAUGGUGUUGCACUACUUUGUGGAGCUUCUCUUCCACGUUUCUCGCCUUGUCUAUUUCAGUAACGAGAACAGACAACUUGGCUUUACCGUGUGGGCCGUCCUCUUCGUAGUGGGGCGACUCCUCACGUUGUCCCUCACCGUCCUCACGGUGGGCUUCGGUCUGGCAAACGCAAGCAACCAAGGCUUCGAUUUGCUCACUGGAAACUUUAACAUUCUUUUCGUGAGGAUCACCGUCCUGGCCGGCGUGUGUUUGACGCAGGCCUUCAUGAUGUGGAAAUUUAUCAACUUCCAGCUGCGACGCUGGAGGGAGCACGCCUCGAUGCAGAAGCUGAAGAAGAAACAAGUACCGUCGAAGAGCAAAGGAAAGAAAGAUAAAGCUAACGGCGUCAAUGGAGUCAACUCUCACGUCGCAGACUCGCCGAGAUCAAGGAAAGGGAAGAAGUCCAAUUAAAAGACACGCCCUCAAAACCCCUCCCCUCUCUGCCCGGACCACUUCACUCGUCGGUCCAGAAGCACCCUAAGAGGAAGGCAGACGGAUAUACCCGUCGUCAGAUAAAGGCUGCUCCGCUGUGCCAUUUUUGGGGGAAAACCAACAAAUUACGGAAUAAACUAUGACAAAAAAGACCUUAUUUAAGAAAAAGUGCCUAUUGAUACAGAUCGUUUUGUACAGGGUGUGUCAUUUUUAAAAUUGUGUGUUUUGAUGCCCUCAAAAGUCUGUUUCAUUUCACCCACGCCCACAAAAGUCUUUUCGUAUUUUCAUAAAUUUUCUUUAAUUUUCAGUGUUGUAUCCUAACCAGCCAUAGCUUUGGAUUUCCUUGUUCGUAGCAUCACUGGUUGACAAAGGUGGAACAUGCAAGUGUAUGUAAUUGUUUUUUUUUUCUUCGUUUUUUUGUUUGGUUUUAACCAAAACACCCAAUCAGUGCUGGGUGUGGAAUCCCAGUUGAGUCAGGAAGGAGUUGAUUUUAAUGCUGGAGGUGAGAGAACAAUGUGUUCUGCUGCAUUUCUGUUGUUGCGUCAAAGAAGAGGGAUUUAAUGUAAAAGUGUAGACUGUUUUCCUGUUUUUAACUGUGCCAAAUAAACCACAUGGACUGUUAA